AUGUGUACAGAAUUAGUGGUUUCUUUGACGUUUCUUUUUUACCCUUGCGGUUGGGUUUUGGCUGUGAACUCCUUAGUAUAUCGAGAAUUUUUGGUCUGUCUUGCAGGGAGCUUGGAUGGAGAUCGAGAGAUGCAUCGGAUCCCUCAUGCGGAGCUCCUCUAUGCGAAGCCCACAGACAGAGAAAUAGGACAAGCACGAGCGAGAGCUCAUCGCAGCUGUAGGCAAAGCCUCGGAACAUGGAAGGCUGGUCCCAGUGGCAUGACUGGGCAGCCAUGCCGGCAGGCUGGCAGUGAUGAAACGCUGUUCAAGGCAAGACCUUUUGAACUUUUGACUGUGCCAGAGCAACUCAUGCUUGAUUCAGUGACCACAUCCCCACACCGUUUCCAUUUGUAG